AUGUCCCAGAGAUCGGGGGUAACAUGCAUCCCCACGCUCUCUACAGGUGAUGUCUUCCCGCUGCCCAUCCGCUUCAGUGCCCCAGUCCCAGGCCUGGCUCAGGUCAUGCUGGGGUGCCUGUCCUGGAUCACUUGCCUGGCCUGCUUCCUGAGGACUCAGGCCCAACAAAUUCUGUUCAACACCUGCAGAUGCAAGCUGCUCUUCCAGAAGCUCAUGGAAAAGACAGGCGUUCUGGUCCUCUGUGUCUUUGGAUUCUGGGUGCUUUCUAUCCACUUGCCAUCCAAAAUGGAAGUCUGGCAGGAUGACAGCAUAAACAGUCCACUGCAAAGCUUGCGGCUGUACCAGGAGAAGGUGCGACAUCACACUGGGGAGAUCCAGGACCUUCGGGGCAACAUGAACCAGCUCAUUGUCAAGCUCCAGAUGAUGGAAGCCAUGUCAGAUGAGCAAAAAAUGGCCCAGAAAAUAAUGAAGAUGAUACAAGGAGAUUACAUUGAAAAGCCGGACUUCGCCUUGAAGUCUAUAGGUGCCACCAUCGACUUUGAGCAAACGUCCGCCACCUACAACCACGACAAGGCUCGCUCCUACUGGAACUGGAUCCGGCUGUGGAACUAUGCGCAGCCUCCGGACGUGAUCCUGGAGCCCAACAUGACGCCAGGCAACUGCUGGGCCUUCUCAGGUGACCGCGGCCAGGUGACCAUCCGGCUCGCCCAGAAGGUCUUCCUGUCCAACCUGACCCUGCAGCACAUCCCCAAGACCAUCUCGCUGUCGGGCAGCCUGGACACCGCCCCCAAGGACUUCGUCAUCUACGGCAUGGAAGGCCCCCCCAAAGAAGAGGUGUUCCUAGGGGCAUUCCAGUUUCAGCCAGAAAACAUCAUUCAGACGUUCCAGCUGCAGAACCAGCCCCUCCGGAGUUUUGGCGCAGUCAAGGUGAAGAUAUCCAGCAACUGGGGGAACCCACGCUUCACCUGCCUAUACCGUGUCCGCGUGCAUGGCUCCGUGACCCCGCCCAGGGAGCAGCCCAACUAG